AUGGCCUUAUGUGAUACUAUCAAGGAACAUAACACAGAUGAUAGCAAAACGGUCGACGCGCUGCGGAAGGACCUUAAGCAACUGUGCACCUUCAAGCCUACGCGUGAAAAGAUUGUCGGUCUACUUGGCCGGUCUGGAGAAGGAAAGAGCAGUUUGAUCAAUUCACUCUUAGGAUUCACCGACCUAGCACCGGCAGGAGACAUAGGUACAGCAUGUACCUCUGUCGUGACUGAGUUUCGACAAAAAGACGGUCGCCAUGCUUCUCAAAUCACUCUUGAGGUUGAGUAUUACACAGAAGCGGAAAUUGAAGAGCUUCUAGCAGACCUGGUAGGGAAUUUCAGGAAGGUAGAAUUAUUACCCAAAGCACCGAGCACAGAAGAUGAAGAAGCCCUCCCCCGAAAUAGACAGCACUCCGAAAAUCAGUCGAAAGAGGCCUGGUCCGCUCUCCAAGCUGCAUUCGGACACCAUGAAUUAUUCGGGAGAUCUUUCCUUCUUGAUCAAACUGAAGGGGCAUUUGACCGAAUUGUAUCACAAUUGAACCAGUGGACCCAGCUCCUUCAGUGGCCAGAGGAAGCAAAAGAUGGAAGGUAUUCAAUCUCGGUAGACGACGAAGACGAGUGUGCAGAGAACAUAAGUCUCUUCAUGCAGGAUAAGUUCUGGCCUUUUACCAAGAUUAUGCGCAUCUUCAUAGACUCGGAUAUACUCAGGUCUGGUAUUGUGCUUACAGAUCUACCUGGCCGAAGCGACACCAAUACCGCGAGGAUCAAGGCCGGUCAGAUGUACCUCACAACAUGUGAUUGCGUUUUCAUCCUCUCGAACAUCUCGCGCGCGGUGACUGACGACUCACUCAAAUCAUCGGUAUAUGAAUUGUUGGCCCAAGAAAUGCCUCUUGAAUGGGAGAUGAAUCGCGGCGAAAGGCUUCAAGUCAUUGUCAUAUGCACCAAGACUGACGAGAUCAAUAUUCCGGCAAAUAAGCGGGCGUUCAUUCCGGACAAUAGCCCAGAGUUCAGGUCUUGCAUCCAAGAGCUAGAGAAGGAGAAAAAGCAAACCGACGAUGAGAAAAAGAAGAAGUCUUUGCAGACACAGAUAAAGAGUCUGCUCAUAAAGGCGCGAAACAACAACGUGAGGUCGAAGCUCCGACGAAGCUACCAGUUGGAGAACCCAAACAGCCAACUAAACGUAUUCUGCGUGUCCAGCAAGAUGUAUAACAAGUCGGUCAAUAAGGACGGGGCAGACAGGAUGCUUGAAUUGAGUGGCAUACCCUUGCUGCGCCUGUUCUGUCGCUCGCUGAAUCGUUUAGACCGGCGAGAGGAAAUUUCGAACUUCAUUCGGUCAGAUCUACGCGGGUUACUGAACACAGUAGACCUCCUCUCAAGCACGAUCAUAAGCCAGAUGGAUGGCGAGACUGCAGCAGAGGUGUGGAAAGAUGCGCAAGAAAAGAUCGACUACAUUAUCAUUAGUGCGGAAGAUGAAACAAAAGAGCAAUGCCUGAAAACUUUGGCGGAUUAUUUUGAGCGUCGUACUACCAUCUGGAAGCAAGCGGCUCUACAGCAAUUUCAAAAGUGGCUGUCAUGGCAUUGGACGCAAUUCGAUGCUUUCUGCCUACACUAUGGGGACUAUGAGACUAAGAAGAUUAAACGAACCAACUGGAAUCGCGACAUAAUAUGGAGGAUGGCGCAAGAACUAGCUUACCCUUUGACUGAAAUUGAGGAGGACGCAUCGGGAGCAUUUGAUAAGUUAUUGAGUCAUGUUCAACAGGAGGAAGACGAUCUGAAGGAGACGUACAAAGAAGGGGGACUGCCACCAGCGCUGUUGUUUGGGGUGGAAUUGCACGUCCAGAGCUUAGCGUUUGAAGUUCGGAAAGCACAGAAGAAUCUCAAGCGUGAGCUGGUCAUACUCUGUCGAUCGUUUUUGGAAGCGAAUCGCGCAAGCUAUGUGGUACAAAAAAUGAUGCCUGCAUAUCUCUCUGCGAGCUCGGAAUUCGGCUCUGGAAUGAUGAGAAGACAACAGAACAUGAUGCGCUCCCAGAUAACGGACGAGUUGUUCCCGGCCAUGCAGACAGCUAUGGAGGACAGCCUGUCUGGACUAUUCGAGUCUACGUUCGGCGAUCUGCGAAACAAGCUACAACAUAUCUUGCAUUUGGUCAGGAACUCUGUUGCUAUCGGACUUGCGAGUUCUAGUGCGUUGCAGCAAGUGAGAACCGACACCGACUCGUUUCGUUCUGGGGUGCAACAGCUCCGCGCAGAAUAUGAACAUAUUGCAGACCAAAUCGGCGCUGCUCAAUAG